ACACACACACACACACACACACACACACACACACACACACACACACUACCCACCCAGGGAGAGUAACUACAGCAUAGUAAUAGUAUACUGUGUAGAUGGGGAAGAGUAUUAAAGGUAUCAGGAUGUUUAUGGAUAAUAUAAUACAUAAUACAAAGAUUGAUCACGGGUCAUGUCAAGUUUUGUUGGUACAGAGACAAGAUAGCAGUGAGUUACCAACUACGGCUAAAUCAUUGAUCCCACUUUGUGAACUCCUCUCCCACGACACACACAGGCUCAGGUGGGUGAUUAUUGGGUCCCAGCUGCUCCGUGGUGGGGUGGGAUCCACCCAGGCCAAACCUGAGCUCCCCACCAGGGACAGGCCCCCAUACGACAGGACCUCUCUCUUCCCUCUGAAUACUCAGCCAGAGCAGCUGUUUGGACAUGAGUCCCAUCUCUGUCUUCUUCUCACACUCUCCUCGCUGUCCCUCGUCUCCCCGUGAUGCCUCUCAGAGGAGCAGAGAUCCAUCACACUGCCACAGACUUCAGCUGCACGCCUCCCCGGUGGACAACAAUUAAGCGGGUGUUCCUAGGGACUGACUGUGGAUCAGCUGUCCAGAUGAGAGAGUGGAGCGAGUCGGAGAUGACCAUGUCUGCCGGUGGUUACCUCUCCACCUUUGAUGGAUACGGCAUCACCGAGCCUCUGCAGUACUACGAUGUGCUGGGGGACCCUUUGGGCUACCCUUUCCAGGAGCCAGACCUACAGGUCCUAGCCUUCAGCCAGCAGCAGUACAGCCCCGUCAACGUGCAAUUCUCUGUCUACGAACCACCUUCCUCGCAGCCCUGCCACCCACCCUACACCCACCCUUACAGCCCCCACUACCUGGAGGCUCCCUGCGAGCCCAGCCCGGAGCCCCAGUGUGGAGGCCUGGGGAAAGGGGGAGGCGGGGUAGGUCUGCCCCUGGUCAAGAGGACCAGGCUGGGCCCUGGAGGGAGGGUGAGGGGCCUGGAUGAGCUUUGUGUGGUGUGUGGAGACAAAGCCUCUGGCUACCAUUACAAUGCCCUCACCUGUGAAGGCUGCAAAGGUUUCUUCCGAAGGAGUGUGACGAAGAAAGCAGUGUACCGGUGUAAAAGUGGCGGAGGCUGUGAGAUGGACAUGUACAUGCGGAGGAAGUGCCAGGACUGCCGCCUGCGGAAAUGUCGUGCUGUGGGCAUGCUAGACGAAUGUCUGCUGACGGAGGUGCAGUGCCAGUCAAAGAGGCUGAGGAAGGGAGCCAAGCACAGAGGAGGAGGGCCUGAGGAGGAGGAAAUCAGGGAGAGCAGGAGCGUCAGCUCCACCAGCAGGUUACCAGGACAGGUGGUGUCUGCAAAUUUGUCAAGAGAACAGAAGCAUGUGCUGGACACGAUGGUGGAGGCUCUUCGGCAGUACAGGGUGCAGGACGCAGGACACUGUAGGGUGUUUGAGGAGACUUGUACAGAGGAUGGUGGAGACAGACUAACGGACAUGGCCUCCCCUCCCUCUCAGAGGCUGCUGCAGUUUGCCAAGAGUGUACCUGGCUUUGAGCUCCUGAACUGCUCGGACCAGAGCACCCUCCUCACUAGUUCCUCUGUGGAAGUCAUGUUUCUGCUCUCAGCGCAGCAGUUCACCCAGAACCCUGCAGCUUCUAGUCCAGCACUACAGCCUUUCAACAUCUCAACUCAUCAUUGGCUGAAAACCUUGGAGUCCAAGGAAAACAUUCAUAGUGGGACCGGCCCUGUAAACUCAGGAGUCAAUGAGGACCUGCUAGGACCCGUGAUCAACUUCUUCCACAGCAUGGCAGCACUGGGGGUGACCGAGGCUGAAUAUGCCCUGCUCACUGCUACAGCACUGCUAUGCUCAGCAGACGAAGCGUCGCUGCGGGUGGUGGCGUGUGUGGAGAGCUUACAGGAGCUGAUCUUGGAGUUGCUGUCCAGAGUGUGCGGAGCCUGGUGUGGAGCCCAGGGCCCUCAGGGAGCCCAGCGCUUCGCUCGCCUGUUGGGGAGACUCACGGAGCUGCGCACGCUACGACACAACCACCUCACCCUGCUCCGACAGCAGCCCUGGGACAGUCAGCCCUGAGACAGACACUGAGCACACAGAGACAGGGAUACAAAUAGUUAAAAUAAUAUAGAUUUAGACUUACUUUUGUAUGUUUUAUCGAAUUUGUACCCCAAAAAAUUAAUUAACACUAUUGGCCAUAUAUGAUUAUGCAGUUUAUCAUGAAAAAUACCAUUAUUUUCAGUGACUGGUUUUUACUGUAAAGUUUAAAGUGACAGACCAGUAUUAAACCAAUAUGAGGUUUGUUAUAUGCAGUACACAGAGGUAUUAAAAGUAUUUUAUCAUA